AACAACAAGACCACGCAGUUCAGGCACGUGCAGCAGCUGACCUACAGCCUGAUCGAGUGGCGAUCCCAAAUCCUCUCGGGGACCCUGCCCAAGGACGAGCUGGCCGAGCUCAAGAAAAAAGUCACGGCCAAAAUCGACUAUGGCAACAGGAUCCUGGGUCUGGACCUGGUUGUCCGCGAUGACAACGGGAACAUCCUGGACCCCGAUGACACCAGCACCAUUGCGCUAUUCCGGGCCCACGAGACGGCGUCCAAGAGGAUCGASGAGAGGAUCCAGGAGGAAAAGUCGCUGCAGCAGAGCCUGGAGCCUCGGGCACAGCCCAUCUUCAGCUCCACGCACACCCACAGCCUCUACGUCAACUUCAAGAACUUCGUCUGCAACAUCGGCGAGGACGCCGAGCUGCUGAUGAGCCUCUACGACCCCGACCUCUCCCAGUUCAUCAGUGAAAAUUACCUGGUGCGCUGGGGCAGCAACGGGAUGCCGAAAGAAAUUGAGAAGCUCAACAACCUCCAAGCAGUGUUCACG